UUAGUCUCUUACCGAAGUUGAACUCAAUGUCUCAAUCAAGAAAAUAAAAUUUUAUCCAAUCAAGAUCUACUUACACCGCCACCCAAAUACAAAUCUACCCCAUUGGAUAGAAUUUCAAUUCAAGAAAAAAAAAAAAAAAAAAAAAAACCUAAAACCCAAUUUCAAAAAAUGUCAAAUUAACCAGAUAUGUAUUCAGCAACUGUAAUCUCGAAUCCCAUCUCGAAUUACCCUAUAAAACCCAACAUUUUCCCUCCAAAUCUUCACAAUUUCCAGCCAAGAUUCAAUUUUUGCGCUUUGCCCAUCGAAAGAAUGGCUUUUCCUGGCCUCAAAAUCAGUGCCGGCGCCACCGCCGCUGAUGCCGACGGUAGCGGCGGCGGCGACGCUGGGUUUCAGACGCUGACGGAGUAUAUGGGAAAAGGCGGCGAAAACGUGGGAGACGAAUUGGUGGUGCUGUACAGUCACUUGGAGUACGCUUGCAGAAAGAUUGCUGCUCUUGUUGCUUCGCCGUUCAACUCCGCUCUUGCUAAAACUUCCAGUUCCGCCGCCGCCGGCAGUGCUGAGAGGGAUAAGCCUAAGCCGCUCGACAUCGUCGCCAAUGACAUUAUAUUGUCAUCUUUAAAGAACUCGGGAAAAGUCUGCGUAAUGGCGUCAGAAGAAGACGACGCUCCGGUUUGGCUAGCGGACGACGGCCCAUUCGUUGUUGUUUUAGACCCUCUAGAUGGUUCUAGAAAUAUCGAUGCCUCUAUUCCGACUGGAACGAUAUUCGGUAUCUACAAACGACUAGUGGAACUCGAUCAUCUCCCAUUGGAGGAGAAGGCGACGCUUAAUUCACUCCAGAGUGGAACUAAGCUUAUCGCCUCGGGCUACGUUCUUUAUUCAUCGGCUACGAUUAUGUGCACUAGUUUUGGAUCGGGAGCACAUGCGUUUACGUUGGAUCGAUCGACGGGAGACUUCAUUCUGACCCAUCCGAACAUUAAAAUCCCUCCUCGAGGGCAAAUAUAUUCAGUAAACGACGCUCGGUAUUUCGACUGGCCGGAAGGCUUAAGGAAAUACAUUGAUACCGUUAGACAAGGCAGAGGGGAAAAUCCCAAAAAAUAUUCAGCUAGAUAUAUAUGUUCACUCGUUGCGGAUUUUCAUCGAACACUUUUGUACGGUGGAACCGCAAUGAAUCCAAGGGACCAUCUUCGACUCGUAUACGAAGCUAAUCCGCUCAGCUUCUUAGCGGAGCAAGCUGGCGGCAAAGGCUCCGAUGGUAAAGUUCGGAUACUGUCUCUUCAGCCCGUUAAGCUGCACCAAAGACUUCCCCUGUUUUUGGGGAGUUCGAAAGAUAUCGAAGAGUUGGAAAGUUAUGGAGAUGUUCAACAGAAAGUUAAUCCUGGAUAUGAUGUCUGAAAAGUUUAGUCAAUUGUUGUUGUAAUAUAUAAAGAUUGGGAUAUAAAUAAAUAAAAUAAAAAUUGAUUUGUUUCUUUGUUCAUCCAAA